AUGAAGGGUUACCGCCGUGCAUUGUUGGACGGGAUGCUCUUCCUGUUGAUGAUCAUGUUAUUUGUGCCGGUGGUGCAUGCGGCUGGUUCCCCGCCACUCAGGUUUGGCUUCUAUACGCGUUCUUGCCCAGGCGCCGAAUCCAUUGUGAGAAGAACGGUGAGAAGGGCGGUGUCUCACAAUCCCGGCAUCGGGGCUGGGCUCAUUAGGUUGCACUUUCAUGACUGCUUCGUCCGGGGUUGUGAUGGUUCGGUGUUGCUGAAAUCCCUCCCCGGUGGCCCAAAAGCAGAGAGAGAUCACCCGGCCAACAAUCCCGGGUUGAGAGGAUUCAACGUCAUCUCCAAAGCCAAAAGAAGAAUCGAGCGCACCUGCCCCAACACAGUCUCCUGUGCCGACAUCCUCGCUUUCGCCGCCAGGGACAGCUCCCAGAUACUCGGGCGCAUCAACUACCCUAUCCCGGCCGGGCGCCGCGACGGCAAUGUCUCCAGCUUCAACGAGGUCACGCAAAACCUCCCUUCCCCGAGACUCUCGGCCGACCAGCUCAUCCAGAAUUUCGCAAGGAAAGGGUUGUCGGCGGACGAGAUGGUCACGCUCUCCGGUGCGCAUUCCAUCGGAAGGGCCCGCUGCUCGUCGUUCUCUGACCGGCUCUACAACUUCAAUGGAACGCAAGCUCAAGACCCGACCCUUGACCGGAACUACGCGGCAAGUCUGAGGGCCACGUGUCCAGUGAACGGAGGUAGUGAUCCGACGGUGGCGAUGGACCCGGCGACGCCCAAUCGUCUGGACAACAGGUACUAUGCGGAGUUGAGAGCGGGGCGGGGGUUGCUGACGACGGACCAGACGUUGGCGGAGAGCCCGGCGACAAGGGGGUACGUGGAUGUGAACGCCAGGUCGUAUGGUGUGGCGUGGGCUGGAAAAUUCGGUAGGGCAAUGGUGAAGAUGGGUUCCAUUGAUGUUCUUACGGGGAAUCAGGGCGAGAUUAGGAGGAGCUGCAGCCUCGUCAACUGA